AUGCAGCGCAUUCUAUACUUUCGUUACUUUCUCGUCUUUCUUUCAGCUACUUUUCUCACUGUCCUGAGUGCACCCAUUCCCCACUACGACUUGUCUAAACGACAAACGACUGGCGGCAAGCUUGUCUUCUCUCAUUUUAUGAUCGGUAUUGUCUCCGACAGGACCAGUGCCUCCGACUAUGAUGCUGACAUGCAGCGUGCGAAGUCCUAUGGUAUCGAUGCCUUCGCAUUGAACAUCGGUGUAGACGAUUACACCGACACGCAGUUAGAAUAUGCAUACGAGUCUGCGGCCAACAAUGACAUGAAGGUCUUUCUCUCCUUUGACUUCAACUGGUGGGAUUCCACCGAUGCUUCGGGUAUCGGGUCCAAAAUUGCGCAGUACGGUUCCAAAUCUGCCCAACUCACUAUCAACGGCAAGGUGUUUGUGUCAUCGUUUUCAGGUGACAGUUUAGAUAUUGCUACUGUAUGCUCCAUAGUAGGUCUGGAUUUAUUCAUGGCACCCAACUUUCACCCUGGAGAAGGUGACUUUUCCAAUCUCAAUGGUGCCCUCAAUUGGAUGGGCUGGCCUAAUGAUGGCAACAACAAGGCACUACAGGAAGGCAUUGAUAUCACUGUUACUGAUGGUGACAGCACCUACUUGACAACCCUCGCUAACAAAAGUCUUAUUGCUUUGGUCUCUCCAUGGUUCUUUACCCACUUUGGCAUGGAAGUUACCUACAGCAAGAAUUGGGUAUUCCCCAGUGAUUUGCUGUGGUAUCAGCACUGGAAUAACAUUCUCACAUCAGUGCCAGAAUAUGUUGAAAUUGUAACAUGGAACGAUUAUGGAGAAUCUCACUAUGUCACUCCAUUAUCAUCUCCUCACACCGAUGAUGGUGGCUCUAAGUGGGUUAAUGACAUGCCUCAUGAUGGCUGGCUCGACAUGGCAAAACCCUUUAUCUCUGCAUACAAAAAUGGCUCUACCACCGUUUCUGACUACAUAAGUGAUGACCAGAUUAUCUACUGGUAUCGUUCAACACCACGUGAUAUUGACUGUGAUUUCACAGACACCACCAUGGGCACUGCUAACAACAUGAGCGGCAACUACUUUAAUGGCUGUCCAAACAGCUGGGAAACUCUCACCGAUGAAGUAUUUGUUGUCUCUCUUCUCACUGCCAAUGGAACAGUCACCGUCAACUCCAGGAGCACAGAAUAUAGUUAUGAUGCUCUGGCUGGUGCAUCUGCAUUCUCCGUUCCAAUGGGUGUAGGUGCACAAGCGUUCGCGCUCACCCGGGAUGGUGGCCCUGUCAUGAAUGGCACCAGCCUUAAGGAAAUUGUCUUGGAGUGUGUAUACGGAAUUUAUAACUUCAAUGCCUAUGUCAGAACAGUUCCGGCCAGAGAUUCUGACUCGCUUCAAGCAGAUGGGCUAGCCGCACUCACAUCAGGCCUUGCUGUUGCAUGUGAGGCCACACCUUCUUUGCCUGCUACGGCUCCCGCCACGGUGGCUGUUACUGCUACUGCGACACCCACACCUGCUCCUACGGUCUCCGUUUAA